AUGGCACCCAAAGGUAAAUACUUAAAUACUACUCAACGAAAACUUGUUAUAGACUUGGUUAAACAAGGAAAUACUCAUAGAAAAGUUGAAGAACUUACAAAUAUUCCAUUAACAACAGUAGGAGCCAUUGUAAAGAAAUAUCAACAAUAUGAAACUUUUGAAAUUCAUACUGGACGAGGGCGAAAACGGAAGACAAGUUCAAGAGAUGAUAGAGAAAUUUUAAGAAUGAUAAAAAAAAUCGAGAAGAAUGAACUUUGCAAAAAAGUAUUAUUCAAUGCCUGUAUCAUUUUGGAAAAUGUUCUUUGGUCUGAUGAAUCCAAAUUUAACUUAAAAAAAUCUAAUGGUGCACAAAGAGUUUGGCGAAAGAGGGGUGAAGCUUUUCAUUUAAGUUGCACACGAGGAACAGUUAAACAUGGCGGUGGAAGUGUAAUGUUAUGGGGUUGUAUGGCAUGGAAUGGUGUUGGUAAACUUGAGUUUAUUGAUGAAACUAUGAAUGCUGAUUUAAUUCCUAAUCAGCUGAGCGCAUUAGGUGCUAGGCUUUUUAUUAUAAAUGUAGACUUUGCUUUAAAAGCUAAAGAAGACGAAUAA